CAGAAAGAACAAUCAAAAUGCAGACAGGGCGCCGGACAAAGCACUCGGGACAACAUGAUCGUUUUGAAAAAAAUGACAUUUUUUUUUAAAUUUUCAAAUUUCCCGUCGCAGCCGGCGCCCGUACGUCCCGACGUCACGGGGACCGGAACACAGGAGCCGAAUGCCGGCAUCAGACGGAGGAGAUGGCCGGGGACGCUGCAGGGGACACAUCGCGGGAGCCAAGGACAAGGUAAGUGCUGCAGGGACUCCCUAUGCAGUGCUGCAUGGUAAGCCCGAGUGUAGCUCAGGGGGGGUUACCGCUUUUGGUACUGACAU